UCGCGAAUCUGCGCUACUGUUUCAUCGGCCGUGUUUGAGUGAAGUUGAGGGUCUCAGAUGGCUGGUCUCCAGGGGAUGGUGAAGGGUGGCUUCCUGACGCGUCAACCUCGGUGUGUCACUGGUGUUGGGUGGAGACGUGUUGGUUACGUGACGACCAAAGAGUCACGUUAUUUAUAUAUUUCGGCGGAAAAGAGGCGAGUGAGCGAACAUGGCGGCUGAAGCUGCGACCCUCCGGCUCUUUACGACAGCAAAGCUCUGUGGCCCAGCUGAGCCCUUUGCUGCCCUCUGAAGGAGCAGGAUGACAAAAUGGCACAGCUGCUUGUACCGCCCGGACCUGACAGCUUCCGCCCCUUCGUCCCCGAGUCGCUUGCUGCCAUUGAGAGGCGCAUCGCCGAGGAGGAGGCCCGGAGACCAAGGGCGGAGCGACGCAGUGACACCAUUGAUGAAAAUGGGCCCAAGCCAAACAGCGACCUGGAGGCUGGGAAGUCGCUCCCGUUCAUAUAUGGCGACAUCCCACCUCACCUCGUGUCCACACCUCUGGAGGAUAUGGACUCCUUCUACAGCAAUCAGAAGACCUUCAUAGUAUUGAAUCACGGGAAGGCAAUCUUCCGUUUCAACGCCACUCCUGCCUUGUACAUCCUCAGCCCCUUCAACCCCCUCAGGAGGGUGGCUAUCAGAGUUUUAGUUCACUCGAUGUUCAGCAUGUUGAUCAUGUUCACCAUCCUGACCAACUGUGCUUUCAUGACCUUCAGCAAUCCUCCAGAAUGGGCCAAGAAUGUCGAGUAUACAUUCACAGGGAUUUACACGUUCGAGUCUCUCAUAAAGAUCUUGGCCAGAGGCUUUUGUGUGGGGAAGUUCACUUUCCUUCGGGACCCGUGGAACUGGCUGGAUUUCAGCGUCAUCCUUAUGGCAUAUGUCACAGAGUUUGUGGACCUCGGCAAUGUCUCAGCACUGCGAACCUUCAGGGUUUUGCGGGCCCUGAAAACUAUAUCAGUCAUCCCAGGCUUGAAGACCAUCGUUGGCGCGUUGAUCCAGUCCGUCAAGAAGCUGUCAGAUGUGAUGAUCCUCACCGUUUUCUGCCUCAGUGUGUUUGCGCUUAUCGGCCUUCAGCUCUUCAUGGGCAACCUAAGACAGAAGUGUGUUCGUAGUCCGGAAUUUCCCCUCCUCAGCAACGCCACCAACAGCAGUGAUGGCGCUUGGAACGACACCAUGCAGUUCAACUUAACUCUGAUGGACUGGAACACAACGCUGAAUAGCACGACGAGCCACUUUAACUGGACCGAGUACAUUAGUAAUGCUGAUAAUUACUAUUACCUUCCUGGCCAGCGGGAUGCUCUACUCUGUGGAAAUGGCAGUGGUGCAGGGCAUUGCCCUGAAGGCUUCAUAUGUGUCAAAGCGGGACUUAAUCCAAACUAUGGCUACACCAGUUUUGACACUUUCAGUUGGGCUUUCCUCUCCUUGUUCCGACUGAUGACCCAGGACUAUUGGGAGAACCUAUACCAACAGACACUGCGUGCAGCAGGAAAGCCGUACAUGGUCUUCUUUGUGCUGGUCAUCUUCUUGGGCUCUUUCUACCUGGUCAACUUGAUCCUGGCUGUGGUGGCAAUGGCCUAUGAUGAGCAGAACCAGGCGACCAUUGAGGAAGCACAGCAGAAGGAGGAGGAAUUUCAGGCCAUGCUGGAACAGCUGAAGAGGCAGCAGGAGGAGGCCCAGGUUGCCGCGGCAGCAGCCACAGAAAGUGGCGAGUACAGUGGAAGAGGCGGGGGCACCACUGAGUCUUCCUCAGGGACGUCAAAGCUCAGCUCUAAGAGUGCGAAGGAGCGACGCAACAGGCGGAAGAAGAGGAAGCAGAAGGAGGAAGAGGAAGAGAAGGCCGGCCGGGAAAAGUUCCGCAAAUCGGAGUCUGAAGACAGCAUCAAAAGAUCCAGUUUCCGAUUCUCCAUUGACGCAAACAGACUCUCCUAUGAAAAAAGAUGUUCCUCACCCAACCAGUCACUCCUCAGCGUCCGUGGCUCUCUCUUCUCGCCACGUCGCAACAGUCGCGCCAGCCUGUUCAGUUUCCGUGGCCGGGCGCGAGACAUGGGGUCCGAAAACGACUUUGCGGAUGACGAGCACAGCACGUUUGAGGACAGCGACAGUCGGCGGGGUUCGUUGUUCUUGCCGCGGCGUCUGGAGCGCCGCUGCAGUGCCAUCAGUCAGACCAGUCUGGCAGCGCCGCAGGUCAUGCUCCCUGCCAACGGCAAGAUGCACUGUGCCGUCGACUGCAACGGUGUGGUCUCACUGGUCGGUGGAACUUCUGUCACAACAUCACCUGUAGGUCUCCUAGCACUGGAGGUGACUCAAUGUUUUCAUCCUUUAUUUUUCCAUUUGAAGUCAUCUUUCCAAAUCACUACGAUAGUGGGUACAACAACGGAUACAGAGCUGAAGAAACGCCACUCCAGCUUUCGCCACACCUCCAUGGAUUAUUUAGAUGAGCCAAGUGGUCGGCAGAGAGAAAUGAGUGUUGUAAGCAUCCUAACAAACACAAUGGAAGAACUUGAAGAGUCAAGACAGAAGUGCCCCCCAUGUUGGUAUAGAUUUGCCAACACCUGUCUGAUCUGGAAUUGCUGUCCUGCCUGGCUGAAAAUCAAAGAAAUCGUCAGCCUGGUCGUCACAGACCCGUUUUUGGACCUGGCCAUCACAAUCUGUAUCGUGCUCAACACCCUCUUCAUGGCCAUGGAACAUUACCCAAUGACUAAAGAGUUUGACAACAUUCUUUCAGUUGGAAACCUGGUUUUCACUGGCAUCUUCACUGCGGAGAUGUGCUUCAAGAUCAUCGCCCUCGACCCCUACUACUACUUUCAGGAGGGCUGGAACAUCUUUGACGGCAUCAUUGUCAGCCUGAGCUUGAUGGAGCUCGGACUGGCCAAAGUGGAGGGACUGUCUGUGCUGAGGUCCUUCCGUUUGCUAAGGGUUUUCAAACUGGCUAAGUCGUGGCCCACUCUGAACAUGCUGAUAAAGAUCAUCGGGAAUUCAGUGGGGGCUCUCGGGAACUUGACUCUGGUGCUUGCCAUCAUCGUCUUCAUCUUUGCCGUGGUGGGCAUGCAGCUAUUUGGCAAAAGCUACAAGGAAUGUGUGUGUAAGAUUUCUGACGACUGUCAGCUGCCACGCUGGCACAUGCACGACUUCUUCCACUCCUUCCUGAUCGUCUUCCGAGUGCUUUGUGGGGAGUGGAUCGAGACGAUGUGGGACUGCAUGGAGGUGGCCGGCCAGUCCAUGUGUCUGAUCGUCUUCAUGAUGGUCAUGGUCAUCGGAAACCUCGUGGUUCUGAACCUCUUCUUGGCUCUUCUUUUGAGCUCUUUUAGCGCUGACAACUUGGCGGCAACAGAUGACGACAGCGAGAUGAACAACUUACAAAUCGCCGUAGGCCGAAUCCAGCGGGGCAUAAACUUUGUAAAGUCAGCAAUGCGGCAAUUCUUGCUAAGCCUCUGCUUUGGCGGAGGUCGGAAGGGAUCAGUGCUGACUGAGGAGAGCAAACCACUGGAUGAGCUUCACAGCAACGGCAAGGGAAACUGCAUCACCAAUCACGCCACUGUAGAAAUCACCAAAGACCCCAGCGGGGUGUAUAUGGCCGAGGGCAACGGGCGUCCAGGUGGAGGACUGGUGGUCGGCAUCAGUACUACAACAAAAUACCCCGUGGACGAUCGUGACUUCAUGUCAUUCAUACAUAACCCCAGCCUGACUGUCACUGUGCCUAUCGCCGUGGGCGAGUCAGACUUUGAGAACUUGAACACAGAAGACUUCAGCAGUGACUCGUCUGAUGUGGAGGGCAGCAAGGAGAAAUCGCAGUGUAACGUGGGACUGUCGUCUUCCUCCUCGUCCAUGCAAAAGCUCGACAACGAACCUCAGCAGUUCAGCUCUUCGGAGGGCAGCACUGUUGACAUUCGCCCUCCUGGAGAUGGGGUGGAUUCAAUUGAGCUUGAGCCUGAGGAGUCUUUGGACCCAGAGGCCUGUUUCACUGAUGGUUGCGUACGCAGGUUCCAGUGCUGCCAGAUUGAUGAAGAAGGGGCUCACUACAAAAGCUGGUGGACUCUCAGGAAAACCUGCUUCAUCAUCGUGGAGCACAACUGGUUUGAAUCCUUCAUCAUAUUCAUGAUCCUGCUCAGCAGUGGAGCACUGGCUUUUGAAGACGUCUACAUCGAACAGCGGAGGACCAUCAAAACUGUACUGGAGUACGCCGACAAGGUCUUCACCUACGUCUUCAUCCUGGAAAUGCUGCUGAAGUGGGUGGCAUACGGAUUUGUCAAGUACUUCACCAACGCCUGGUGCUGGCUGGACUUUCUCAUCGUGGAUGUGCGUGUGCUCCGAACACACUCUUUGUUCUCUGAUUUUGACCGGUUUAUAAAUGAUGUUCCAUUUUGCUCCCAGGUGUCCCUGGUCAGUCUGAUCGCCAAUGCUCUGGGGUACUCCGAGCUGAGCGCAAUUAAGUCUCUGAGGACCCUGCGGGCCCUCAGACCUCUUAGGGCCCUGUCUCGAUUUGAGGGCAUGAGGGUGGUGGUCAACGCUCUUUUGGGGGCCAUCCCCUCCAUCAUGAACGUGCUGCUGGUCUGCCUUAUCUUCUGGCUCAUCUUCAGCAUCAUGGGUGUCAACCUGUUUGCUGGGAAAUACUAUUACUGCGUCAACACCACCAGUGGGGAAAUCUUCCCCGUCGAUGUUGUCAACAACAAAUCUGAGUGCCAGAACCUGGUCAAUGACAGCGCCCGCUGGAAGAACGUCAAAAUCAACUUUGACAACGUUGGUGCUGGAUAUCUGGCUCUGCUCCAAGUGGCAACAUUCAAGGGGUGGAUGGACAUCAUGUACGCAGCCGUCGACUCCCGCAACGUUGAGGAGCAGCCGGAGUAUGAAGUGAACUUGUACAUGUAUCUGUACUUCGUCAUCUUCAUCAUCUUCGGCUCCUUUUUCACCCUCAACCUCUUCAUUGGCGUCAUCAUCGACAACUUCAACCAGCAGAAGAAAAAGUUUGGAGGUCAGGACAUCUUCAUGACAGAAGAACAGAAAAAGUACUACAAUGCUAUGAAGAAGCUCGGGUCGAAGAAACCACAGAAGCCGAUCCCUCGGCCGACGAAUGCCAUUCAAGGCUGUGUGUUCGACUGCAUCACGAAGCAGGCCUUUGACAUCGUCAUCAUGAUCCUGAUCUGCCUGAACAUGGUCACCAUGAUGGUGGAGACGGACGACCAGCCGCCGGAAAUGGAUAAGAUCCUCUACUGGAUCAACUUGGUCUUCAUCGUUCUCUUCACAGGGGAGUGUGUGCUGAAGAUGAUCUCGCUGCGUCACUAUUACUUCACCAUUGGUUGGAACAUAUUUGACUUUGUGGUGGUGAUUCUGUCGAUCGUAGGAAUGUUUCUGUCUAAAGUGAUCGAGAAAUACUUUGUGUCCCCCACGUUGUUCCGAGUCAUCCGUCUGGCCAGGAUUGGCCGCAUCCUUCGCCUUAUCAAAGGUGCAAAAGGAAUUCGGACGCUUCUUUUUGCCUUGAUGAUGUCACUUCCUGCCCUUUUCAACAUUGGUCUACUCCUCUUCUUGGUCAUGUUCAUCUAUGCCAUUUUUGGGAUGUCCAAUUUUGCCUAUGUCAAGCGUGAGGCGGGGAUCGAUGACAUGUUCAAUUUUGAGACUUUUGGGAACAGCAUGAUCUGCCUGUUCCAGAUCACCACCUCGGCCGGGUGGGACUUGUUACUCUCACCUAUAUUGAACAAGUGGGAGCCAGACUGCGACAGUCAAAUGGAGCACCCGGGGAACAGCUACAAGGGCAACUGCGGCAACCCGUCUGUGGGCAUCUUCUUCUUCGUCAGCUACAUUAUCAUCUGCUUCCUCAUCGUAGUCAACAUGUACAUCGCCGUCAUCCUGGAGAACUUCAGCGUGGCCACGGAGGAGAGCGCCGAGCCGCUGAGUGAGGAUGACUUUGAAAUGUUCUACGAAGUGUGGGAGCGCUUCGAUCCCGAUGCCACUCAGUUUGUGGAGUAUUGUAAGCUGUCCGACUUUGCAGAUGCUCUUGAUCCACCGCUGCGCAUCGCCAAGCCCAACAUGAUCGCGCUCAUCUCCAUGGACCUUCCCAUGGUCAGUGGUGAGCGCAUCCAUUGCCUUGAUAUCCUGUUUGCCUUCACGAAGAGAGUGUUAGGGGAAGGCGGAGAGAUGGACGUGUUACGUGGGCAGAUGGAGGAGCGCUUCAUGGCCUCCAAUCCAUCCAAGGUGUCGUACGAACCCAUCACCACCACUCUCCGUCGCAAGCAGGAGGACAUGUCUGCCACCAUCAUCCAGAGGGCCUUCCGACGGUACAUGAUCCGGGUGGCCAUGAAGAAGGCCUCGGCGCUGUACAAAGAGCAGCUGAAGGAGGGCAUGCGCGACCCAGACAAGGACGUCAUGGUCAUCAGCAAAUUCAAUGAAAACUCCACCUCAGACAAAACAGACAUGACGCCCUCCACAGCCUCACCGCCCUCGUACAACAGCGUAACAAAAUCCGACAAGGACAAAUACGAGAAGGAGAAUCGGGAGAAGGAAAACAAAGGGAAAGACUUGAAAGACAGAAAAAAAUAAAGCGCAGAGAGCAAAACAGACAUUGAAUCACAGACCUGAAGCUCACUUGUUUACAGCUUCUGACAAAUAGACACUGUCCGCCAUGAUUGUUGUGGUUGAGAUGAAAGCGGAGUUGCGAAUGAUCUGGUUGGAAUGGUCCAGCACUCACUGUGGGGUGCAGUGGAGAACAGACAGUCCUCCUUCCGAAUCGCUUGUGAAUACCUAUUGGUUGUUGUUACUAUCUGACACAUGAGUGUACUGUUGAGUUGUCUGUAGGUAGUGCUGCUGCUACUACUACUAUAAGCCCAGUGUCUUGAACUUAUCAUUCGCUGUAUCACCUCACGAGUAAUCUGCUUCUUCUGUUAAGUUACAGGGUUUUUUUUUUUAUUAAGAAUGAAUGUUUUAUACUUCUUUUCAGGAGGGUCAUUUUUAUGAGAACAUCCUCUGCCUUUAAUGUGCUAAGGCGACAAAAAAGUCGUGGCUUUGCAGCGUCCACCUGGAGUACGGCAUCAGUCCACUGAGGUGCGGUGUCAUUGGCUUUGGGUAGUGGGAUCCCCUGUGGUAGAGCAUUUCACUGAGGAGUCCCAGGCGACACCAGGGGAACAGCAGCAGUUCACUAACCAGCAACGGCAGUUUAUGACACGAGAAAGUCAUGUUUGCCACGGUAUGAUGGCAGAUGACAGCAGGAGCUCCCCCUCGUACAACCACUGUGGAAAACCUCUCCCAGGGGGACAGGUACCAAGCAGAAGCAGGCCACUUCCGGUGCUGCAGCAGCUCACUGAGCUACGACUGUUUACGAUGACCAUGAGUUGGUUGCAUACCAGAUGAUGAAUUAUUAUUAUUAUCAUUCAAUAUGGCUUUGCUAAAAUGUGCUGGGUUUGGUGUUGGCCUCUUUCUUAAAUCCCUUACACGCACGGGCGGUCUGAGGCGGUCUGAACCAGCUUUGCCUCUGUUAAAAACAGCCAAAGUCUGUCCGGGACCAGAAUACUUUCGAAUGUCUGAAGUCUUCAACGAAAUGUGACGGUCGUAAAAUAUCCUCCAUACAUGUGCUUUUUAGUAGUGAUGACUAGGUGAGGUAUCAUGAAACUGCAGGGUGGAUGAAACAUUGUCCUAAUUUUCAGAGGCCACGAGAUGGUGCUCUUUAGAAAUGAUCUGCGGUGUCCUUGAACGAGUUGUUCAAGUCCUAACAGCAGACAGUGCCAUCUGGUGGCCUCUGAGAAUCAGGACACUGCUUCAUGAAGCCUCAUCAACCCUUCAAUUCUGUGUCAUGAAGCCUCAUCUACCCAUCACUUCCUUGUAGAAGAUGGCUCAGUAAUCCGAUAUGUCCAGGUUGUCAACCUGUACUCCAAUUAAAUCCAAUGGUGUACGGGAUCUUGUACGCCAAGUGAUACGUUUACUCAUCAUUUAAUGGUGUAUGUUUUUACCAGGGUUAUGCAUCACCUGUCCUUGUUUUCAUGUUGCAUUCACUUGUACAAAGAAGAGCAAUGUUUGGUGCUUAUGUGGAGCACAUCCCCCUGGUGUGUGGUGGGCCAUGGUCAUUAAAAGUGUCUGUUUCGAUGAAUCCAUCUGAAAUCACAGAGCCUCCCCAAGUGGACAACAGACAAAAAUAGUUUGGAACAAAUGACUGGUUUCACAUGUUGGUGUUUUUGCAGGGAAAGUGAUUUCAACGUGGCGUGUUUCUGUAAAUACGUGGCCCACAGUAUGCAUCACACUUACAUGAAGUAAGAGCACUUUCGUCCCCCUGCUGCGAAACACCAGAGUUGUACAUGUCAGCGAGGCAUUCCUGGUUUGUGUCUUUCCAUGUGAGAGAGCAAGAAUAUAAACGUCCGAACGGUUGUGAUGGUCGAUGAGGUAUCGUGAAACGGCACUGUCGUGUUGAUGAAACGGUGUGCAUUUUCAGAAGCCACAAGAUGGCGCUGUUGGUUUCGAAAUGAUGUGAGGUUUCAUUGUAAUAGUUGUACCAACUCAAAAACAUUUUGCUUCAGAAAGCGCCAUCCGGUGGCCUCUGAAAAUCAGCACACUGUUUCAUGAAGCCUCAUCGACCCUUCGAUACUGUGUCAUGAAGCCACAUCAAUGCAUCACUUCUGAACUGGUGUUUGGAGUGCUACAGAGUUGAAAUAGCAAUUUUACUGUGGACGUGUGUUUUUGGCAGAUUUUUUUUUCAUUCUCCCUUCUUUGUAUAAGGGUGUUCCUGCACUGUUACUCACAAAUAAAACACAUCAUCUGUUGAUAUGAGGCAACCAGAACCCAUCUGUCGUUGUGGUGUUUUUAGUGAGCUGCAUGCUUCAAGAGGCUACUGUCCACUGAGAUCAUUUAAAAACCAAAACAAUCAUAUGUAUUUUUUGUAAAUGCUGUGAUGAUUUUGCUGGAACUCCCCGUCAGCAAAGCUUAACAACACGAUCCUUCACUCUCUGCUCAUGAACAACUGGACUGUAAUAUUCACAAAACCCGACUGUCAAAUGCUCCUGA